AUGCCGUACAUCUGGGCCGGCAACCCGGAGGCCAAGGAGGAGAUCGAACGGCUGAGUCACGACUUCUGCUAUCCGGACGGCCGCAUGUGUCUCCGACGAAUCAACCCUAACACGAGCCUCGUCUACACUGUCGGUGUCGACCGCAACAGCCUGGCGGACAACAUGUUCCUCCGGAGCUUCCCGUCGUCAAACAACCACCUCGCCAAGAUCGUCCCUCCAGUGGCGACCGACCUGGGCGCGCCAGGGCUUUUUGGGGGGGGGGGGGGGGGGGGGGAGGCGGGGAGGAGGGCGAGCAUGGCGGCUGCCAUUGAUCCAAAAGCCCUUGAGAACUGGAACGAGCAGUGCGAAUCGCACGAGUCUCUGGACUGA